AUGUAUUGCCCACUGUCUGUAGGGGAAGCAUCACACUUGGAAGUUCACAUUUUUUCUGAUGCGUCUAAAGAGGCAGUGGCUGCAGUGGCGUAUUUGAAAGUGUUCCACGAAGAACGAACUGAGUUAGGAUUUCUUCUUGGCAAGGCCAAAGUUGCCCCCACGCAUGGACAUACAAUCCCAAGGCUCGAACUAUGUGCUUCAGUUUUGGCGGUUGAGAUGGCAGAAACUAUCAGAGAACAACUGCAGGUUUCCAAAGACACCUUUAGGUUCUAUACCGAUAGCCAAGUUGUUUUAGGAUACAUCUCCAAUGAUGCUAAAAGGUUUCAUGUUUAUGUGUCCAACAGGGUGAGCAGAAUUCGGUCAUUCUGUGGACCAGAAUACUGGAGAUAUGUCAUGUCUGAACAGAACCCAGCCGAUGUUGCAACUCGGGGUUGCAGCACGCGAGAGCUUCCUCUAAGCAGUUGGCUUUUAGGACCUGACUUCUUGAGAGACGGCAAACAACUUGCAGAUCAACCUCCAACCUAUAACCUUGUUGAUCCGGACAUGGACAAGGAAGUUCGUAAGCAGGUGACUUGUUCAAAGACCACUGUUAUAUCUCAGGAAUCAGAUUCUUCUCAGUCCAGAAAUAUAUCUUCAUGGUGUGAACGGUUUGAAAGAUUUUCGACAUGGACAAGUUUAGUUCGUGCUAUUGCCUGCCUUAAAGGAUUUUUGGAUAGAACUCGUUCUGAGAGACCAAAUGCAGUGGCUCUAAAAGAAGAUGCUGAACUUUUUAUUAUCAAGCAGGCUCAAAAUGACAGAUAUUUGUCUGAGAUUCUUGCAAUCAAAGGAGGAAAGCACCCGCCACUGAACAGCUCUUUGAUUUCCCUUAAUCCAGUGUUGGAUCAAAAUGGCCUCCUGAGUGUGGGCGGCCGAGUCAAACAUAUGAAGGUAUCUGACCUACUUACUCAGCCUAUCAUUAUCCCUAAGGGCCACCACCUCGCUACAUUGUUAGUACGUCACUACCAUGCAAAAGUUCAUCACCAGGGUAGACAUAUGACGGAGGGAGCUAUUAGAGGUGCGGGCUUCUGGAUCGUUGGAUUCCACCGGCUCGUGAACUCUCUGAUUAGGACAUGUGUUAUGUGCAAGAAACUGCGUGGGAGUCUAGGAUGGACAAAAAUGGCUGACCUACCACUAGAAAGAAUUGAGCCUGGACCUCCAUUUAGUUUUGUGGGGGUAGACACAUUUGGGCCUUGGCCAGUCGUUAUAAAGAAAACUACCAGAGGUGUCAGGACUACAUCAAAGUAUUGGGCCAUUCUUUUUACCUGUCUUGUGUCAAGGGCAGUACACAUAGAGUUGGUUGGAGACAUGAGUAGUGGAACCUUCAUCAAUGCCCUGAGACGAUUUAUGGCAAUCCGUGGCCCUGUGCGCCAAUUUCGUUCAGAUAGGGGUACAAACUUCAUUGGGGCAAUGAAGGAGUUGGGGAUAAGUGCAUCAUUUGAUGAGAGUGGAACAGUUCACGACUACCUCACAAAGUGUGGAUCUACCUGGAUCUUCAAUCCACCAUAUGCACAUCAUUUUGGAGGUGCCUGGGAACGCCUGAUAGGUUCCUGCCGCCGUAUAUUAGACGCAUUGCUGUCGGAGAACAGAUCAAAGGACUUAAACUUUGACGUUCUGAGUACUUUCAUGAGCGAAGUGAGCGCCAUCAUGAAUGCUCGCCCAUUGUUACCUAUUUCUAGUGAUCCGGAAGCUCCAUCUAUUCUUUCUCCAUCCAUGAUCCUUACACAGAAAGGACACAACUUCACCACACCCAUGAAUGUUACAGGAUUUGUACCAAAAGAUGCUAUGAGAAGUCAGUGGAAAUUGGUUCAAAAACUGGCAGAUGACUUCUGGCAUAGAUGGCAGCUUGAAUACAUCCACUGUCUGCAAACUCGCAGAAAAUGGCAGUUGCCAGGGGCAACCUUCAAGGUUGGUGAUGUGGUUCUAGUCAAGGACGACAGCUCUCAUCGGAACGCUUGGCCUGUUGGUAUCAUCGAGGAAGUAUUCCCAAGCAAGGAUGAUGUCAUUCGCAAGAUCAAGGUCGCCAUCGUCCGUGAUGAUACGCGUUCCACAUAUGUAAGACCAAUUACUGAACUGAUUCAUUUACUUGAUUGCGAGUGA